AUGAUGAAACCUUUCAAACAUUUUUACACUUGGAAUAGUCUAUUUGCCAAACUGUUUUUCAAUUUCUUUAAAAAAAAAGAACCAAUAAAAGAGAUAGUAUCAAAAAAAAUAUUUCAUGAAGAAAAUAAAAAUAUGAAUAUUCAACAAAUUGCCAAAUUAUCAUACUCAAGUCUUUUAGUUUCUUCAAAAAGAGUACCAAUGAUAAAAUUUAAUAGAAAAGGGCCUAUGUUAAAAUUUGUCCCUGAAAAAUUUCCUGUUUCAUUGUCUUCUGUUGGUACUUCAAAAGAUAGUUUUCAAAAAGUAGGAAGAAUUUCACAAUGUUUAGAGAUUGAUGAAUCUGAGCUGCCAUUAAGAUAUCGUCGUUCAUCAAUUACAGAAGAUGAAUGUAAUAUUAUUAAUAAUGGCGGAGUACUAAAAAAAAAAGAAAGUAUGAAUAUACUGUUUUAUGAUUACUAUGAAUUGAAUGGUUGUAGUGAAGAAACUAAUAAUCAGAUUAUGAAUAGUUGUAGUAGGGAGGAAGAAGAGAAGCUUGCAAAAAUUAUUGAAGGGCUUUUUACAAAAACUGUACAAUGUAAACCAUCUUCAUACUUUUUUAUUACCUCAAAAAGAUAUAAUCAAUAUAUUUGUCCACCAAAAAAAUUUUCUGUAUCAAAUUUUAUCAGAACACCUAUAAAUAAAUCAUUGUCAACUGAUGAUGUACGAAAAAAAAAUUUUAAAAAACAUCGUACAAAGUCAUCUUGUGGUAAUGAAUACAAUAAUCCUGAAAAUGAUACUAAAAAUAAAAAGCAAAAAUCAAAUAAAAAUGAUGUAUUAAGAGGUACGAGUAGUUCAAAAAAUAAAAAUGAUUGGAUAAAUCAAGAUGAAAUAUUGAUAAAUAUUUUAAAAACAAUAACACUUGCGAAAUGUCAAUUAUCUAUUAUCUUAUUUUGUAAAUUGUUAAAUGGUUUCGUAUUUUAUUGUAAACCACAACUUACUCAAUCUCGUUUAAAAAGAUUUGCCAAAAUAGAUGCAGCAAAUUAUUUGUUGUCAUGUCUUAAACAUAAGAUGUCAUCUUAUGAAAAUCCUACAAUGAUGAAAAUUGCUACGGUUGAUGCUUUAGCUAUGGUAACAUUAUAUAUAUGUUCAAAAGACAGUAAACUAUCUAUUAAAACUAGAUUAAUGGGAUUGCUUCCUAUAUUUGCUAACGUUAUUGUGAAUAUAAAUUAUAUGUCUUGCACUUUGAAUGUUACAAUGUUCAUCUUAAGAACAUUAAAAUCACCAAGGAAUAUUCAAAGUAUUGGACGAAUAAAAGGUUUUUGCUCUAAUAUAAUAAACACGUUAAGCCCAAUUUUACAAUCACCUUCGAUCACUUCACAUAACUCUAUAUCUGAUUCAAUAGAAGUUACGAAAGUCGAGCGUUUACUGGAAAUAAUUUAUUGUUUAUCGAAAAAUAGGAAAAACAAAAGUAUAUUUGUUGAUUGCGGUGGUAUUCAAAUGACAAAAGAUUUGUUUGAAAAAUAUUUUUUUCAACAACUGAAUGAUACUUCAACAAUUAAGUUAGUUAAUCAAGAAAUUUGUUUAUUUUUAAUAGCUACUAUUCGUUUAUUUGCUAAGACAAAAAAAAGUAAACAAAUACUUAUUGAAUUGAAGAUACUUAACAUGUGUGAAAAAUUUCUAUCUGAACUUGAUCUUCAAUUAUCAAUGACUAAUGAUCAGAAUGUCGUUCGUCGCCUCCAAUCACUACAGGAUUCAUUAUGUGCUUUAUGUAUGCGGUGUCUACCAAACAAACAAUUUUUUAUAUCAGCAUCAGAAUCACCACCAUUGCAAUUUUUAUUGGAUGAAGAUGCAGAUGAUAAUGAUCAAUUAAAAAAUAAAAAUUUAUAUAAUGAUAACAAAAAUUUGAAUGAUGUUACAUGUAAUUUAUUGUCUUUACAAAAAAAUAUUGUAAAAAAUCAAAAGUAUACGGUUGGUAAUAUUGAUGACAACCAGGUAAAUGGAUCAAAAGAAGCAAAUUUGUCUUCUUCAAGUAUUCAAGAUGGAGAGUGUAAUGAUGAAAGUAAUGAUUCAUUUAAUUUUAAUAAUACAUUAUCACUUAGUGAUUCAGAUGAUGAUAAUAUAGAUGAAGAAGAUGAAGCAAUAAUUUCAUCUCAAUGUAGUGCAGAAUUUAGUCCUUCUGCAAUUGAUUUAGAUGAAAGUGAAUUAUUAAUUUUUGAUGAUGAAGAGUUAUCUGAAAAUGUUUCUAAUUCUUUUAUCAAAAAAUCUCCAUCUUCUAAAAAAAAUAAAAAAAAUACAGGAAAAACUUCAAAGUCACCUAAUACUACUGAAAUAAUAUAUAAAUCAAAUAUUUGUAAAGAUGAAAUUGAAAAAAAUUAUAGUAUAUAUUUUGAUGAGUAUAAAGAAAAAAAAAUAACUGAAAAUAACAAAAUUGUCUAUAAAGAUUAUACUCAGGCGAUUACUUCUAAAUGUAAUGAAACUUGUUCAGUUGGAAAAUUUGUUAAAAUAGCUUAUCCAGAAUUCACUGGACCAGAUUUACAUUAUUCACAGGAUGAAAUGUUAUUAUCUAAUAAUGAUGCAAUGAAAAAUAUGAUAAAAGACAACCUUCAAAGGCAUAAUUGUUGUCAUAAUAAUUUAAAAACUAUGGAAAAGACAGAUUAUCCAAAAUUAGUUUACAAUUUAGAUGAACUUGUUAGUAAUGAAAAUUAUCCAAAUAAAUUGUCAAAUACAGAUAAAGAGGAUGUUGGAAUUAAAUCACAUGGAAGUAAUCAUUUACUUUUUGAAAGUCGUUUUGAAAGUGGAAAUUUGAGAAGGGCUUAUCAAAUGGAUACAAAUUUCUAUCAAUUAAUAAUAUCUCCUGACAUAAACCAAAAAUCACAUCAUUAUCAAUGGUUUUAUUUUCAAGUAUCUAAUAUGGAAAGUGAUCGUGAAUAUACUUUUGAAAUUGUAAAUUGUUUAAAAUCUACAUCAAUGUUUUCACAUGGAAUGCAACCUGUCAUGUUUUCGGUUAUUGAUUCACUUAGUAAUUCAAAGAAAGGAUGGCACCGUACAGGAAAUAAUAUAUGUUAUUUUAGAAAUUUAUAUACUUUAAACUCAAGAAAUGAUGAAGUAAAUGAGAAUGAUGAUAAAGGAUUAGAUAAAGUUAGAUAUUUUUAUACAAUAAGAUUUUCUAUUACAUUUAAGUAUCCAAAUGACAUUUGUUAUAUAGCUUAUCAUUAUCCUUACACAUAUUCUUAUUUACAAGCAACAUUAGAAAGAUUAGUUAGUAAAAAAAGAGAUAAAAUUUACUAUAGAAUAGAUGAAAUUGGCAAAUCAUUAAAUAAAAAUAAUAUGAAAUUAGUAACAAUUACAGCUGAUCCAUUUGAUGAUAAUAGAGAAAUUAUUGUUAUUUCAGCACGUGUUCAUCCUGGUGAGACAAAUUCUUCAUGGAUUAUGCAAGGAAUAUUAAAAUUUCUUUUAAAUAAUGAAGAUGAAAAAAGUCAUUUAUUACGUGAAAAAUUUAUUUUUAAAAUAUUUCCUAUGCUUAAUCCUGAUGGUGUUAUUAAUGGUAGUCAUAGGUGUUCUUUAAGUGGUAAUGAUUUAAAUAGAACAUGGCAUUGUCCAAUUAAAAAUAUUCAUCCUGAAAUAUAUCAUACAAAAGAUUUACAUGGUCAUUCUAGAAGAUCAAAUAUUUUUAUAUUUGGAAAUAAUCCUGAAGAAUCAUGGUUAGAUGAGGAUAGUAAAAUAAUAAAUGAAGAAUUUAUGAAAUUACCAGAAAUAUUAGAAUUAUCAUCUUCUUCUUUUAGUAUAACUGAUUCAAGAUUUACAAUUGCUAAAAGUAAAGAAUCAUCAGCUCGUAUUGCUUUAUGGAGGCAAUUUGGAAUAGAAAGAUGUUAUACAAUGGAAUCAACCUACUGUGGAUUUGAUAAAAAAGAUCAUAAAGGAAAACAAAUUAAUAUUAGUCAUUUAGAAAAGAUGGGAGUUGAUCUUUGUCUAUCUUUUUUACCAUUAUUAAAAACAAAUGUGAUUCAAAAAAAAUUAUAA